CCGACCCCUCUCUUACCCUCUCUUACCUUCUUUCACUCAGUUACUGGAACCGAAGGACUAGCCGUUACCAGCAUUGUGUCACUAAGUGACUAUCUCUGUCGCUCCAGCUUUCCAUCUCCCCUCGUAUUGAAGACUCUUCAAGGCACCGAGCGCGAACCUUCAGGGCGGCCUAGACACAAGUACCGCCGUGCGGACCGCCAUCCCGCCGUCCAGUUACGGAACGGAGGACCUGAGCGCUAAACUAUUAGGAGCUAUCUGUCAGUAGUAAUACUCAAUAUUCGCAUCUAGUUCUUCGACCCCAAUGCCAGGUCAGACCUUUACGUACCAGGACAAGCUCCCAAAGCUUCCUAUCCCCCCUCUGGAGGAUACAUGCAGAAGGUAUCUGAAGGCUCUUGAGGGGUUGCAGGAUGCACGGGAACACGAACAGACGAAGCUAGCCGUGCAGGACUUCUUGGACAAGGAUGGGCCCCGAAUACAAGAGAAACUGAAGACAUGGGCAAAGAACAAAGACAGUUACAUCGAAGACUUUUGGUACGAGUCAUAUCUAUCGCAUACGGACCCCGUCGUCCUAGCUCUGAAUCCAUUCUUCGUUCUCGAGAAUGAUCCUUCUCCCGAUCGAGGCACCCAGCUUCCUCGCGCUGCGUCGCUUAUUAUCUCAUCCCUGGGCUUUAUCCAUGACCUUCGAGCCGGAAUUCUGGAGCCGGAUACAAUUCGAGGAAAACCUCUGGACAUGGACCAGUAUUCGAGGCUGUUCGGCACCGCCAGGAUACCAACAGAGCGAGGGUGUAAGAUGCAAGUGCAUGAGGACUCGAGACAUAUCAUCGUUCUUCGUCGUGGACAGUUUUAUUGGUUCGAUGUCCUUGAUGAUGAUAACUUGCCGGUUCUUACGGAACGCGAAGUCAUUCGGAACCUCAAGGCUAUCAUAUGCGAUGCUGACAAGACCGAUAAGGCUGAUGUCGUCAGAGGCGCGAUAGGCGUCCUUUCCACGGAGAAUAGAAAGAUAUGGUCCCAACUCCGCGAUACCCUGUCUCAUGACCGUACUAACAAGUCAUGCAUUGAUAUCAUCGACCGAUCCCUGUUCGUUGUCUGUUUGGAUGAUGCUGCGCCGGAUAACUUGGCGGAUCUAUGCAGUAAUUUCCUGUGCGGCACGUACGGCUUGGAAGAGGGUGUUCAGACUGGUACCUGUACUAACCGAUGGUACGAUAAGCUUCAAAUCAUCGUUUGUGCAGAUGGUGCUGCUGGUAUCAACUUUGAGCACACUGGCGUUGAUGGUCACACUGUACUUCGGUUUGCGGCUGAUAUUUUCACUGAAGGGUUGAUGCUGCUUGCCCGGUCAAUCAAUCCCUCAGCGCCUACUCUUUUCCACGCGACCCUUUCCCCUCACGCAAAGGCGUUCAAGCCUCCGCGUAACUCUGGUAAACCGCCGACACCACCUCUAGACCACAUUGACACGACACCGAAGAAGUUAGAGUGGAAACUUUCUCCCGAGUUGCGCGUGGGUAUUCGAUUUGCAGAAACGAGAAUUAGCGACUUGAUUUGCCAGAACGACUGUCAAGCGCUCGAAUUUAAGGGUUAUGGAAAGAACUUUAUCACAAGCCAUGGAUUUAGUCCAGAUGCCUUUGUCCAGAUGGCGUUCCAAGCGGCGUAUUUUGGGCUGUACGGUCGGAUUGAAUGUGUGUACGAACCGGCGAUGACUAAAUCAUUUUUGCAUGGACGUACCGAGGCCAUCCGUUCUAUUCAGCCUGAAAGCGUCCACUUUACAAAGGUCUUCUACUCUGAAGCUCCAGCUUCCCAAAAAGUAGACGCCUUGCACAAGGCCUGCGAGCGUCACGUUAAAUUGACCCGAGAGUGCAGCCAAGGGCUGGGCCAAGACAGGCACCUCUACGCUCUGUAUUGUCUCCUCCAGAGGCAGUUUAAUGGAAAUCUUGACCCUUCGCCUGACGACCCUGCUCCAUGGCCGGAGUUCUACAAUAAGAUGCCGGCGAUCUUCACCGACCCCGGCUGGGAACUCCUCAGCACGUCGAUUCUAUCGACGUCCAAUUGUGGGAACCCCGCUCUGCGACUCUUUGGUUUCGGUCCCGUCGCUGCCGAUGGGUAUGGAAUUGGAUAUAUCAUCAAGGAGGACGGAUUAUCUGUCUGCGCGUCUUCGAAGCAUCUGCAGACUAGGCGGUUUUUGAAUACCCUUCAGGAAUAUCUGCUUGAUAUACAGAAGCUGAUCAUCCAUAUCCAUCGCUCGGCGAAUGAACGCCCGGCGCCGUUCGUUGAUCAUGCAGGUAUUCUGAGGGACUCAAAGACAGGACGACCUAUCAGUGGACAUUCGGGUGACGAAGAUGACGAUGAUGAUAUCGCUAUGCCGGGAUACUCGUUCUUUGACAGUGGUGACGUGCAGCUUCUUGGGCACCGGAGGCGUACACCCUAUUCACAUGUUGGGAAGGUACUGCAAUUGGCCGAGUACUAAGCAGCUUGGACUCAGCGGUUUUCUAUUUAUGCAUAAGUGUCGAUCGGUAUGUCGAUUACUGUCGAUUUGUAUGUAUCCCAUUUUGUAUGUGUACUGUUCAUUGGAGUCUUUAAGAAUAUACCAUUUAAUGUUAUUGACGGUG